AUUCUCGAAUUUCCCGUCCUGGGCGAGGUGAAGACUCAUCGGCAUCAACUGUCCGCCUAUCUAGCUGCCUAGCAUCGACAGCUUGGCUAACGACGUAGACUCAUCAACGCCAACCAUCUAAUUACCAGGCAGCAACAGCUUUAGUCUGACGAUGUUGACUCUUAGCACCAUGGUCUACAUAUCUAGCAUCAACAGCGGAUCAACAGCUCUAGGCUGACGCCGUUGCCUCGGUGGCCUCGGUGGCCUCUGGCAGGACGUCUCACAAGAUAAAUACCCCGCGCAUUCCCCGCCCUUUCCCCCACCAACAAACCCAAACCCAUGCCUAUCUUAACGCCCACCGCGCGGGCCGCCAUCGCCUCUGCCGUCCUCUCGGAGACGCCCGACAUCAUCAGCACCUUCUCCUCCGCAGGGGCCACCGCGGAUUCCUCCUUCCACCUUACCCUCGCGCCGCUCCCGGCGGCCGACAGCCCUUCCCUCCCCGCGGCGCUCACCCGCGUUGUCAACCUAGACACCUACUCCGCUGCACGGGCGAUGAUCCGCGACGGCGCGGUACCCUCCGAGACGGCAGUGCUCAACCUGGCGUCGGACCUCGAGCCCGCCGGCGGUUGGAAGCGUACCCUCCUCGAGACGCAGGAGGAGGCGUUGUGCUACUCGUCGACGCUGUAUGCCACGCUGCGCGAGGAGUGGUAUCCGUGGGCCAAUAGUGUUGCCGGCGGGAUAUGGAGUCCGGGCGUUGUUGUGCAUCGCGAUACGCUCGCGAAUGAGUGUAAGAGGUUGCCGGAUGACGAGGUGCUCGUGCUGGGGGUUGUUACCAUCGCUGCGCCACGCUGGCAGAGGGUCAGGAAGGGGGAGUUUGCGGAUCCGGUGGUGAGGGAGGGGUUGCUGGAGAAGGUUAGGGCCGUGCUGAGGAUGGCGGCGGGCAAUGGGAGGAGGAAUCUUGUGCUGGGCGCGAUGGGAUGUGGCGCCUAUGGGUGUCCGCCUGCGGCUACCGCUAGGGAUAUGGCGGCGGUGGUGCAGGAGAGCGAGUUUAAGGGCUGGUUUGAGAGGGUUUGGUGGGCGGUUGUCGAUCCGCUCGGAGAGGGGAAUGGAAAGGUCUUCACCGAGGCAUGUGAGGGGCUUACGGUCGGGGGUGGUCCCGCUGCGGAGGUGGAGGGAGCGGCGGUCGAGUGAGGGUGGGUGAUGCGCUCUUCCCAUGUAUGUUCUUUUUCCU